AUGUACAUGGCAGAGCUGGCGCCCCCGUCGAUCCGCGGUGGACUUGUCAACUUUUACCAAAGUUGGAUGAUGGUCGGCGCUAUUCUCGCUUGCUCAGUCGUCUAUGGAGCGUUCUACAAUGCCGCGGGAAAAUGGAUCUACCUGACCCCGAUUGUGGUCCAAAUCAUCCCCCCAGUACUCCUGCUCAUGGCCGUGUGGUUUAUUCCGGAAAGCCCGCGCUGGCUCCUCUCGAAGAACAAAAAGGAGCAAGCUCUCAAAGCGCUUCUGUACAUGCGCAAAGGAGCAUCUAGCGAGGAGGAGACGGCUCAGGAGCUUGAUCUUGUCGCCGCUGCCACAGAACAAGAAAUUGAAUUGCACCGUGCUUCGUCUUAUCUGGACUGCUUCAGAGGUUCAAACUUCUACCGGACUUUGGUCGCUGUCGGAGUGCAGUGCCUACAACAAGCACAAGGGAAUUCCUUCACUCAGGCGUAUCUUGUAAUCUUUCUUCAGCAGCUCGGAGUCAACGACCCGCUGCUCAUAAAGAUUGCUCAUGCCUGCUGCUCCUUCGGCGGGACGGUGCUUGCUUUCUACCUCACAGACGAGCUUGGCAGAAGAAAGAUGCUGAUCGGCGGUGCAUUCCUGAUGGGCGCCACACUUUGGGUAACGAGUGGUCUGGCGGCGUGGACUCCUGGUGGCGUGCACGGCGCGAAAGCACAAACUGCCAUAGCCAUGAUCUUGCUCAACGCAGCAAUCUCCACCGGGGCAUGGGGUUCGUGUAUGUGGACGGUAACGGUCGAAGUAUCAACCCAGCAGCUUCGCGAGCGAACCAUCGCACUCGCGACCAUUUUCGGCUUCAUCACCAGUCUGCUCAUCACGUACAUCAAUCCUUACGUCCAGAACGAACCAGGCAAUCUCGGCGCCAAGGUCGGCCUGAUUUACGGAAGCAUGUCGGUCAUCGCCAUCGCGUUCGUCUACUUCAUCGUCCCGGAGAUGAAGGGCCGCAGCCUCGAAGAGCUGGACGAGAUGUUCCAUUCUCGAGUGCCUGCUUGGCGUUCCAAGGCAUUCGUCAGUGAUGGGUUGGGAGCUCAAAUUACAAGGGUGCAGAAUGCCGACGCUUCCGUGAUGGACACGAAAAGCAGCGACCACGAGUCGAUUCAAGAGACACCGCACAGCAAAGGGUUGUGA